AUGGAAGACGAUGGCUCUGCUUCUUCUUCAUCUUCUCGAGAUUUGGAUGUACAGAGCCCUUAUGAUCGUUUGGUUGCUUUAGAUACAAACUCCGUUGAUUCAAAUGAAACUCUUGUGCACUCUACUCUAGAACCGUGUGAUGAGGUAGAUUUCACAUUCCCUGUACAUUACAAUGAAGAAGAGCAUGUGGUGUAUGUCCGGUGCCGUCCUUACCUCAAAGAGUUUAUGGAGAGAGUGUCUUUUGAGAUCAUUAUAUUUACAGCUAGCCAGAGUAUCUACGCCAAGCAGCUUCUGAAUGUGCUUGACCCUAAGAGGAAGCUCUUCGAGUGUACCGUGACUCGUGUGUUUUCUUUGAUGAGAUCUAUAUCAAGGCUGUUGCAUAGUCUCAUUAGUCUGAUCAAAAGAAAGAAAGUGAUGAUGAAAUCGACCUGACAUCAAUAGCCUCAUGAGACCAACAGCCUUGAGAGGAACUCUGCGCUCUCUCGCUUCAAAGCAAACGAGAAAUCUCAAGAGUGGAAAUCUGCUCAAACGAUUUGACGGAAGCACCUGUUGCUUCUCAUUUUAUAGGUCAAAAUGGAAUCUUCACCUGCCGGCAGAGUAUGUUUGUCAAUUUUCAAAAGUGUCUUUAAAUACUCAUGUGUAGUACUCAUGACCUGGUACGAGUGUGGUGAGAAUAUCAAUUUUUUGUUCUCUCUAGAUAACCAGGCUACGUACGAAAACUAUCAUGUAAAAAUAUAUAUUCCGUUCGUAUAGAAUUCAAGGAUGACCAGUUAGAUAGUAG